UUAUACAAAAGAUCCUGAAACCACUUGUCAUGACACUCUCAUCACUGGUGCUAAGCUUUCCAGGGGGUGGUCACUCUCGAUCGGUCAUCUGUUUCAAGUUAGUAGAUCUAAUCAUCUGCAUCGCUGCAAGGAUUGGGCGUGAGAUGGCGCGAGAUAAUAUGAUCUCACUGCUACAGCAGUUCUUUCUGUGCUUCAGUCUUAUCCAUGAAAAUGGAACAGACUUGGUGGCCAUGAGACAACGAGCAUAUGACCGCCAUGCGAGUCUCACACUCAGUACUGACAGUGAAGACAUGUAUUGCGAGAUUAAAAUGGACAGCUAUACACGGUCUUACAAAAUAGGCACGCCAACCAAACUUGAGAACCUCAAAGGGGAGGAGGAACUCACUCCAGCUUCCAAUUCAAACCCAAGCGCAGCAUCCGAGCAGAGUAAUAACUAUUGUAAGUUAUGAUUAAAAUUUUCUUUC